UCGGGUAUAGUUAAUUUGAAUAUGACUAUACGGACAAAUUAAAAGAUAAUACUCUGUAAAUGUUAAACAUUGGUUUGGAACAUCAAGUUCACGAACAAGGAAGUACCAGCAGUCUCCGAUAGCAAGCACACGUCUUGAUAACUGUGACUAAUUGUCGAGAGGCAAUGCGGGCUGGACUUCUUCGGUUGGAAAAAUAUCGAUCGUUCAGCACACCUGUUCACAACGGACCCCGCGCACCUGUCAUUACACCAUUAGUUGUCGGGACGCCGGCUAGCGCACACCUACCACCGUCGCUGACCACCGUGACGUCACUACGGUCGAUCGAUCGCCACCUACCAUUCAUAGCCACACGUUCUUUUACAGCAUAACGAUGAUCUAGCUUCUGGAUCUAGGUAUGCCAAAAGAUGCAUAUAACGUCGAGCUUCUUUCCGGCGUCUGGCGAGAUGCUGGACGCCUCCGUGAAUCUUUACGGGGAUUCGGGAGAUCAGUGCGGGUUUUUCACUUUGGACGAAGCGGUUCCAGAAUCUUCGCAUACCGUUGAAAUUGAAUACGUUUAUGAACAACCGGAUGCUGGCAAAAACGAGGAGUUGCGGACAUCAAAAGCUUCCUCGGCCCAACCGAAGAAGACCCAAGCGAAACAAAAGCAGAUCAAAGUAAUCGAAGAGGAGUCUGAGACGGAUUUGACCAAUCUAACAUGGUUGCAAAAUAUCACCAAUAUCAUGGCCAUGCCCCAAUUUCCGAUACCGCCAAUGUCACCGAAUCCUCAGGUCAAAGUUCAACCUCAGAAUACCAGGCUGCAGAAGUUCAACCAAACUAUCGCCAAGUGCCAGAAAGACUUCAUGGAGAACAAAGAGGAAUAUCAAAAGAACAGCGAUAAGAAGCCUCCAUAUUCUUACAGCACCUUGAUCUGUAUGGCCAUGCGGUAUAAUAAUGACAAAAUGACACUAUCCGCGAUCUACUCUUGGAUUCGUGACAGCUUUAAGUACUAUCGGAACGCGGAUCCCACUUGGCAGAAUUCUAUUCGACACAAUCUGUCGCUGAACAAAGUGUUCGUAAAAGUAGCUCGUUCUAAACACGAGCCGGGUAAAGGUGGAUUCUGGAAACUCGAUCUGGCUCAUUUGGAAGGAACUAAACGUAUAUCAAACCGUCCCCACAAAAAGAAGAAGAACGAGACCAAAACAGAAGCGAAAUUUGACAGGAAGGUGUCCGAAGAGAAGACGGCUGUUGCCAAUAUACCACAAAUUGAUUGCGUCAAUAUGGAAGAUGUCGGGCAAGCGGUGACACUUCAUUUGCCUGAAUUUAAUCUCCCUUUGCCCGAUAUUGAAAUGACAAAUGUGGGGGCAAAUGUCAUUGUGGAGCCUGUAGCGCCGCCCCUGAUGCCAGAAGACGACUUGUCUUCUUUGCUAUUAAGUCCCACAGAUUGGGAAGACCUUCAAUUGGACAUGUUAGACAAUUAUCUGGAUUCUUGUUUCAAGUAAGUUUUUUUAAUAGAACAUUUUGUCUAUGAUAUCUAGUCACUUUGGUAACAGUUGAUAAUACUUACAUAUUAGGAAAAUGGCAAAGGCGAAAGAGCUUUAGGAUUUUAGAAAAAUACUAUUUUAGAUUUAGACAGCACUCAGACUAUAAAAUUGUCACUAUUUAUAAAAAAAAACCUGUUUGGUCGUAAUUUUCAACGUACUUGAUAUAAAACGAUGUAGUAUUUAUGUAUUUUCAUGAAAUAGAUAUUAGUUACGUGUUGUGAUCGGCCAUAUUUGGCGUUGACCCAGCUUUGCUCAAUAUAAAGCUCAGUCCAUAAGAAAAAAAUAAAUCACGAAUGUAAUUCCGUGUGUCGUAAAUAUAUUGAAUACUUAUUUGAUGCAGUAUUAAAAAUAUUAUAUAAAUAAAGUAAUUUAGUGGAACGGCAAAUUUUACCGCUCAGUAUUAGUAACUUUAGUGUGUAAAAAAAAUGGUAGAUAAUAUUGAAACUACUUAGUCGGUGUUAGAUCAAAGAUAACUUGUAUUGCACUUUUCAAUUGGUAUACAAAGUAAAAGUCUUUCUAUUUCUAAUAUUUUCAAAGAUUCUUAAUUAAACAGUCCUUAUUAAAAAUAUAGACUAAAACAUAUCUUAAUAAAUUUGUAAUAGUCAUUAUACUACUUGUAAUGAACUGUUUUCUGAAAAAAAAAACGUCAAAUGUCAUUGUAAUAAGCAUUUCAAAAGAAUUGUCAAAUGUUGUUGACGUUAGUUGUAAGUCAGUAUGUUUUGUAAGGGCGUUGCCUUGCUUAAUAGUUAGUUAGAAAUAGGACCUAUCAGGUAUUCCGUCCAGUAUUCACUAAGCAGAAACUGCGUUGUAAUUACGUUUGCUCAGCACAAAGUAUUAUAUAGUAAUAAAAAUAUUUAUUAUGAAGGUUUAAAUAUUUUCAUGUGUCAAAAGAACACAUUUUUCUUUGUAAAUAAGUUUUCUAAGAUUUCUUACCUAAUAUCGAUAUGCACAAAUUAGUUAUGUGACAUUUUAAAUGUAUAUAAUGAUAAAGUAGAUAUAGUGUGACUUCCGUAAGUGUCUUAAAUGAUCGCGUAAGUAUUUUUCAAAUCUGUAACAGAAUAAAUUGAUUCUGAUUUAAAAAAAUAUAUUCUGAGUGAUAUAAAUAAAAUCACAUCUAUGAGUCGAUGUACUAAAUAGUCACAAUAAAUGAGCAAUCAUUUCUCAUUCUAGUCAUUUAAUGCAUAUUUUUUUAUGAGCACUCUUUUUUAUAUAAUGAAUGUAACAUUGUAAACAGUGCAUUUUGAAAGCAAUAAUUGUAAUGUAUUUAAGAUAAUAAAAAUAAAUGUUUUCGAUUCACACAAGAUGGCCUUAUUGUUAUUAUUUUUAAACGAAACGGUUUUUUAAUUGUAACGUUUCUAGAAAUGGCUCAAAAUGUGUAUGGAAUUGUAGAAAUAUCUUUAAAUAUAUAAAUAAAAAAGUUAA